ACAGAGAGUGAUAGUAAUAUAAAGAUUCUACAGAAAAACAAAGCUACACGGAUCUAUCACAAAACAGCAGCAAACCAAGCAGGAAGCAGGAUUAACACUGUCCAACAGAGACACCCCCAAGUGAGAGCUAUUGCAUCCACUAUCCAUCUGGAUAGCCUAGGCUUUGAGACCGAAUGACCUUUGGUGUGGCCCCCGAAGCACUCAAAGCGCUGCUCCAACUGUCAAAAUGAGGCGGAACGGUCAAUGUAGGUUCUUAAGGCCCUGACAGGGCAGAGUAAGUUCAACUCCUGAUCAUCCUGAGAAGGAGGAAGUGCGGCAUGAACAACAAUCUUGUCUCUGUACGGAGUGGAGAGAACCUUCGGGACAUACCCGUGCCUUGGCUUCAGGAUGACCUUGGAGUCACCAGGCCCGAACUCAAGACAAGAGGGGCUCAUGGAGAGCACCUUUGAAAUCAAAGGAAAAGUUCACAGUUCUGAGUACAAAUGGGAGCACAAGGAGAGGAGCCAUCACAGCAAAGAAUUCAAGCGGGAUAAAGACUGCAGCAGCAAUCGAAAGUCAUUGCAUCGGCGUGACAGCAAAGACAGAGAACCAAAUGGCAUUGAAGCCUUAUCUCGACAUGACAGCAAAGACUGUGGAUAUAGUAAUGUUGAGCCAUUAGCCAGAAGGGACAGCAAGGACAGGGGAUAUAACUACCCAGAGCUGCCUCCCCGACAACAGAGCAAAGAUAGAGGAAGUAGCACUGAGGCACUGCCUCAACGAGAUAGCAAAGACAGGGGCUGCAAUAAUGCAGAACCUUUUGCCAGGCAUGACAGUAAAGACCGAGGUUGUGUUGGUCCAGAGCACUUGCCCAGACAAGACAGUAGAGACCUGCUAAGAAAUGGUCCAGACAGCAGAUGUGACAGCCGAGAGAAUGUUUGCUAUGGGAUAGACCUUCUUCCCAGACAUGAAAAUAAAGAUCUGGGUAGAACAGGCUUGGAACGUCAGCGGGAUAAAGAUGGUGGCAAGCAUGUCAUAGAAUCCAGUAAGGACAAGGAGAAAAGCAACAACAGUUCAGACAGCAGGAGGGGGAGCAAGGAAAGGAUCAACAAUGGCAAUGAUGUCAUUAGCAAAUGGGACUGCAAAGAUAGGGGAGUACACACAAAUGAGACUUUACCCUAUUAUGAUGAGAAAGAUAGAAGCGAUUAUAGCACAGAAUCCCCCAAAGCACAGGACAAAGAUGCAAGGCCUGGAUCUUUAGCCAUGGCAUCUGCCACUUGGUCUGGACCAUCCUCCAUGAGUCCAAAUAUAAUGUUGGGGAAUUCAAACUCUGGAACGUUCCUUGCAGAACUAAAGAUGGUUCCAAAGGCAGGAUGGUCUUCUUCCACAACAGUAGCACCAUCUCCAAAAGGCACACCUCAGAGACAGCUAGCUGAUGUCCAACAGAUGCCCCCUAUGCCAUGGUUGUAUAGUGACAGCACCAUGGUGGAGAUGAUAGAGAGGAAACAACGCCUCUGCCGGGAGAUAAGGUCUCGACAACGUCUUCCUGACCGUAGCCCAUGCAAGAAAGAAAGCCUGCCUACAAUGCCCAGCUGGAAAAAAACUAACGGGGCAAAGAAGCACAGCCCACCUCCCUACCCUACUCAGACUACAGUCUUCUGGGACACAGCCAUUUGACUUCGUGGGUCUUGUGAGCAUAUUAGGGUCAUGCUCUGUCUUUCAUUAUCAGGCAGGUUUGAACCCACCAAAAGAGUGGUGUUAUCGUAGCAAUAUGUCAGAGCUUGCAGUUUAUGAGGUUUUCGUAUUAUUGUUGAUAUCUAAUAUUUUUAUAUGCAAUGUGAUUCUUUAAUGAGUUAGCAUCAAUAGAUAUUUUCUAAAUUAAAUACAUUAUCCUUGCAAAGAUUAUGUACAGUGUUGCUACCAUUCUUUUCUUGCUUUUUUAUUUUUCAUUUUUUUUAUUUCGCAAUACACAAUCGGUACCUUUUCAUCAAGCUUUGACUUGCCUUUCUAUUUUGAGAACUAUGGAAAUGAAGUUUCUGUGGUAUUUUACCACACUGAAUGAAGUCUAUUUUAACACUGGACGUUAUGGUGAUUGGAUUAGGGUGAGCUUCCUUCUAGCUGCCUUUCCACACAUUAUUAGAUCAUUUAUUUGAAUGUCUUAAGAAAUAAACAGAUCAAGCAUUUAUCAAAAAUCCUUCAGAAAGGGUUCAUUGUUUUUAACCACAUUCUCAUUUGCUCUGCCUUUAAUUUCUUUAGUGAGUGGUAGGUUUCAGAGAGUAUGACUCUGAUUUAAGAUCAGAUCAUUGCACAUAGAAAAGGGGUAAAUGUUUUUCUGUGUAAUACAGAAAAUUUCUCCUUUAUGGGGUGUUGUAACAGCUCUGUGUGUACAUGACAUGUACAGGUGUAAAUCCUGAGGGACGGCCCUCUCCUCUUUGAGUCUGUGGCAAUAGCUGGCGGGUGCGAUGGAGAAUUCUCCAAAAUGCAAAGGUAGACACCCAGAGAUUAAUGACAAUCUGGAAUAUCAAAGUUUUUAUUUCAUUUUAGCAUUUUUUAAGGAUUGUGUACAUGGACUGAUAAUUGUAAAAUUAGAUGAUUUUUGUGUAAUUGUCUUGUAUAGAAUGGCUGUGCCAUAAUUUUUCAUAAGUUAAUGGAGUACAUUUGGAUUUGGAAUUGGAAGUUUCAGACAGACACAACUGUCUAUAUUAGCAAAACAAACAAAUGACCAAUAGCUCAGCUAUUGUAAGUAUAUAAUACCAAUGGCUUCAAGGCCUGGUAACAGGGAUUAUGGCUACAUAAACAAAGAGGCUGUACAAAAGAGAGCUGCAAUUCCACAAUCCUCUGUCACAUAUUACCUGACUGGAUACCCACUGUUGUCCCUCUACCUCAAACUCUCAAAUCAGUUCAAGUGGUCAUUCAUUUGCACAAACAAUGCACCAUCUGCACUGACAAAGUACUUGGAUGUUGUAGUAAAAUUCCCUCACCUCCACCAUUCCUCAUUCCUUCCUUUGACCUCCAUGUUUGAAACUGAUGCCUGUACAAAUGCGUUGCCUUGGAGACCGGUACUCACUGUAACUGGGUCACACUGGGUGAACACAGUCGUAAAGACUGUAGACUAAUCCCCUGAGAGGUUUUUUUUUUUUUUUUGCUGCUUUACAAGCAUUUUGGAGAAAUAAAAACUAUUAAAUGUCUAAAAUAGUGUUUUAGACUCUGUAUGAAAGGUGGUCCAUUUAUUUAACACAUAUAGUUGUGUGAGCUAAUCAUAGGUUGGAUGACAAGGGGAAUAAACAACCGAGGUAGCACUUGGUAUAGUCUCAAAAACAUGGAGGUUACAAGAUGUUGUAGCCUGUUUUUAUGUAUGUGUGUCAAGCUACCACUAUAUGCAGAUCAUCUAUAAACUUUGUAAUUCACUCUCUUGUGGCUAGAGGGUGCAGUAUGGAAAUGUAACAAUGAACAAUCAUCUUUGUAUUUAAAAUGUGCACUGUGACAGGCAAAAAGCCUAUGUCCUUUGUCUUACUGCACUGAGUGUUCGCUUCUCUGUACAGUGCCAUUGGAAAAAGUAUACUGAUUGUCACGAGACUUUUCAAGAUGAAUAAACAAAUAUAAACUUUAAAA